GUCAAAGCGGUGGUGGGGGCGCGUUUGCCGGAAGUCGGUGACACUUCCGCUGGGGACUACACCUACAAAAUCGAAAAGCUGAUGACAAGACAACUGGAAUGGAGGCGCUGAACAGGAGGCGUGCUCGGGUAGCAUUCAGCUACCAGCCCCAGAAUGAGGAUGAACUGCAGUUGGAGGUGUCGGAUGUCAUUGAGGUGCUUGAGGAGGUCGAGGAAGGCUGGUGGAAGGGUGUGCUCAAGGGCCGCAUAGGUGUGUUCCCUUCCAACUUCGUCGUUCUCGAGGAGGCUGCCCCUGCCUCUCCCCGUGCGGCGGCCACGGCGACUGCCAACAACCAGUCGCGCUGGGGAAACUCAGUCACCUCCGAUUUCCACUCUGAAAAGCCCGAAUCGUCGGGGGACAUCACCGGCGACCAUUCACUAGCAUCACUAGAAAUCAAGCCCAAACCCGUCGCCAAAGGCAUCGGAUUCGGCAACAUCCUGCCGGAGAGCCGCAUCAAGGUCAAAAGCAAAGUCACUGACUCGUCCAAUGACAAACGCAUUUUCUUUCAACGAGGGUGCAGGCUUUUCAGAAAAAAAUUCAAAUCUCUGGAGGCUCUGGGGCCAUUGAAAAAACCUGCGCCCCCCGUACCAUCGGACACGUCGACAGAAGCCCCUAAGUUACCUCCAAAGCCGGUACGGGAGCAGGCUAAGGUGCUGUACGCGUAUGAGGCGCAGAACGACGACGAGCUGACGAUCAAGGAAGGGGACGUGAUCACGGUGUUGACAAAGGAAGUGGAGGACAAAGGCUGGUGGAAAGGGGAGCUCAAUGGCAGAGUCGGCGUGUUCCCGGACAAUUUCGUCAAGCUCAUAAAGGAGGAGGUUCCACAACCUGUAAAACCUGAACGGCCCGAAAAGCCCCCAGGAGGCAAGAUGGCGGGCAAGCCCGACCUGCCCGACAAGCCUGCCUUCCAGGAGUACGGCAACAGCUCGGACCGGCCUGUCUCCAAAGUGCCUCCUUUUAAGCCUUCCGAAAUUUCUAAGAAAGCACCAUCAUCGGCCAGCGUGGCAGUGGUGGAAGAAAAAGGCAAGGCACCCGCCCCUCCCCCCGCUACCUGCUUGGCAGCGGCCAAGAAGCCCUUUGUCCUGCAGUCUCCACCCACCUCGGCAAGCCCCGCCCCCAAGAAGCCCCUGCCCCAGUGGCCUGUCCAGGAUGCGGAUGUGCCUCCGCCCUCGUCCCCACCCCCUCUGCCACCAUCCAGCCCCACUCCCACUGCCACACCCACUUCCAGCCCUGCCCUGCCCUCAGUUGCACCUCCCUUGCUGGCUGCUAGGAAGACUGAAGGGCAAACAAAAGAGGCUGCUGCGCCUGCCCCUGUGUAUGCCCAAGUGAGGCGAAUUACGGCCAAUGGAGUUGGCAACUCCAGGGAGUCUCAGUCGUCAGUGGCCUCGUCCAGCAAGGAAGAGUACUCUGAAGCGACAUUUGACAGCAUCGAGCCCUCAGAGAACAAGCUGAACCACCCCACUGCCAACCGUGUGCGACCUCCCAUGAACAGGAGGCCUCCCUCGCAUAUAACAAUCGUCAAGGAAAACGGAAAUGAACCGAGCGAGCAGCAGCCAGCUUGGAUGAAAGAUCUUGGAAAGAGGCACCAGGCCAAAUUCUCUAGUCAGCCUACAUUUGAGGGCAAGGACACAAAGAUUGCCAGCAGCCCAGAAAAGGAGCUCCCGAGUAGAGUGUACCCGCAGAAAUCGCCACCGUCUGCACACAAGCCUCUGGCUGGUUCCGUCAGAGAAGAAUCAGCUGUGCUGUCACGGAGCCCGGUUGCCAAGGAGAUUCCGGCAGUGACGGCAGCACCUGUAAUUCUGCGGAGCCAGAAGGGCCUGUGUUCAGCUGAAGGCGAUGCUGUACAGGAGCUCAAGAAUGAGCUAAAAUCACUUCGCGAGAAUUGCGUGCCCAAGGAGGAGCUCACUAGCCUCCAACAGCAGAUCAAUUCUCUGAAAGAGACCGUGGAGUCCAACCGGAACCAGUACAGCAAGCUGGUGCGCGACCUCAUGGCCGAAAUCGACGAGGAGAAGAAGCUACGCAUGACCCUUCAGGUGGAGAUUGACCGACUCAAAAAGCUGACCCUGACUGUCUGACCCAGCGCUGCUGUCUGACCGGGUUAUGCGGUCCGACCAGACUUGUGCAACCUUCCCGUCUGAAGGCAGAGGGCCCCCCGGCACGCCUGCCGCCCUCCAGCCAACUUGUCGAUUCAGCAGGGCAAAACUAGCGAAGCCCUCCCCCUUCAGAAUCUCGGAAGUGCAUAAGUAUUUGAAUGAGGGUGUAUGCAAGCUGCUUCAGGGCAUGUAAAUUUUCUAAGUAUUAAAUUUUAUCUAUGAGUGAGUA